GCUCACUGUACUCCGUCAGCCUGCGUUGUGCACAUGCCUCAUCCUCAUCUUGCACUCUGGUUCUAUGCAUCACAAAGCGUGUACAAUUCAGACAAUGACUUCCUCUCCUCUCUCUUCUCUUCUCCCUUCCAGUAACCUAUCCCUUAUCUCUCUGUCACAACUACACACAUGUAUAAAUACCUUUUAUUUCAACCCACCUUGUGUUGACCAACCCCAUUCUUACUAACCUGUUUAACCUUCCGCGCCUCCCACGUCGUCAUCACCGUGCUUCCGCUCGCUACACCAACCACAUGACUCCAACAACCCAGUCUCAUGUCUGUAUUUGACACGCCUUGGAUGUCAUCAAUGUCCAAAGCAAGUACCCAUCCAUCCUCCACCGAUCCUUCCAAUUCCCAGCAGGCCUGGGAUCCUAAUCCUCCCACCUUCGCCGCCUUCUCUCCCACUUCAUCCUCUGGAUAUUCUGCAACCUCUAAACAACGCUCUACCAUCAUUGUCCACAAGAAAUCCCCCUUGCUGGUAGCCACUCCUCCUCAAAUCACUCGAGCUCUAGCCCAUUCACACCCUUUCCUACUGCCUCUCAACAAGUUGGUUGGAUUGCUGUCAUGGAGCACUCAAGAUCCGUGGGAGUCAUAUCUCCUGGUCGCUGCUUUUUGGGCCAUCACCCUCUAUGGUAGUGAGGUCAUUCGCUUCGCAACUCCAGUUUUGAUUGUCCUCACUCUCAUCUUGGGCAUGUACGCUCGUCGAUAUUCUCCCUUGUCUUCCACUACGAAAACAGGCGAAAAGAGAACGUCCAACAGUGACAAGGCAGAAUACUCAUCCUCCUCUAAGCCUCACCACAAGACUUUGGAUGAAAUCGUCGAUAAUUUGCAAGAGUUUACAGCACGAUGUAACAUUCUCUUGGAACCCUUCCUCGCCUUAACCGACUUCUUGUCCACUCAGACCACCCCAACCGCUGCCACAACCCGUCCAGCUCUGACCACUCUUUUCAUCCGCGUCAUUCUAGUCACUCCAGUCUGGAUCAUUUUGACCCUUCCACCAUUCUACAUCUUAACCCCUCGAAGGGUUCUUCUUGCAGUAGGCACCAUUAUCCUGACAUGGCACUCUAAACCCGCUCGUGUGUCACGAGUCAUUCUUUGGCGGUCCGUCUUCAUGCGCAAGUCGGCAGCAUUUUUGACCGGUCUCAAUCUUGACACUUCCAGCCCAAAUCGAGACUCGUCCCUUCGACCUGGUCUUGGCUCAAGGCAGGCAUCCCAAACCGGCCUUGCCCUCGAAAUUGCCACCAAGAAAAGACCAGACUCGUCGGGUGUGCGAUUCACCUUUAUUCUAUAUGAAAACCAGCGUCGAUGGCUGGGCCUGGGCUGGACUACCUCAUUAUUUGCUUACGAGAGGGGCCCCUGGUCAGAUGAGCAUCUCAAUCCUGCUCCUUCCAAGGAUGAAUUUGAGCUGCCCUCGGUAGAAGGUGGCCAUGCUCGUUGGAGGUGGGUAGACGGUUCGGUUUGGAAAGUGGAGCACGGAGACUCGAAACAACACAAGCGAGGUGCUAGUCAGGCCAAAACUAGUGCCACGGGUACUGCGGGCAAAGAUGCAGAUGGGGACGGAGGAGGUUGGAUCUAUUAUGACAACAAGUGGACCGAUGGAAGCAGAGAAGAUGCCUGGGGAAAAUACACCCGAAGACGGAAAUGGUAUCGAGAUGCCGAACUAGUCGAAGCCACCCCCAGUCUUGAGCCCACUCCUAGUGGUACACCAACACAGCCACUGUCUGACACGGAAGAAGACAAAGUCAAGAAAGCAAAGGCAUUUGCUCAAGGAGUCGGCACUUCCUCCAAAUCCGUGACACCCGAGGUUUCCUCUGGGGACAAGACACCAGCUGAAGGGACAAAAUCAACCGAGGACGGAUCCGUCCAGACCAAGCCUAAAAAGGCUACCUGGUUCACAUCCAAUCGUGACCGGAGUGGUAGCAAAAGCAGCAGUGGGAAGAACACUGCUCAGUUCAGCAACACCAGUCAACGAAGUCGUGAUGGACCGGAAGAUGAUGUCGUGGAUCGCUGGCGGGAAAACUCCGAAAGGCAUCGAGCAUUUAGCGUUCAAGAGGAUAUUGUCAUGAACAUGGGCUAACGGAUGGGAUGGUUUUUAUAUUGUGGAAUAAUACAAUAUAUGCGCUAAUAUUCUUUAUUCUUUAUUGCAUUUAUGCCAUUGAAAAGAAAGUGACACAUGUCAUACUAAUAGUAAUUAGCUCGAUCUCAACUAGAAUGACAACUCUAUGUCUACAUAUUAAAUUCUCACAUGC